AUGCCGCGCGUGAUCACGGUCACCUUGGUGCUUGUCUCGUUUUGCUUUCUCAUCGUCUCGGUCCUCGGUGUUUUCAAGGUCGGCUGCCAGAUCCCCGGCAACCUCCUCUUUGCCAUUACCGGCUCCAAGCUCGGUUUCACCGCGUCGCGCGGCGGUGUCAUUCUCGCCUUCCUCUUCAUGCACCUCCACAUUGUGAUUGCGUUUGCCCUUGUGCUCUUCCCGGCCAUGUUUAUGGCCGAACGCGUCGUCUUGGGUUUGCACAAGCAAGAAGGUAUCGCCAAGGACAUCGACGUGAUCGACCUCGAGACGCCCAAGGACCUCAGUACUGACCUCCUUCAGCAUGACGACCCGUCGGCGGCGUACAAGGCGCCGGGUGCGUACCUCAAGGCUGCGGUUCUUCGCACCAUCAUGGUUGCGCUCUGCGUCGUGGUUGCGAUUGCGUUCAAGGACAAGUUUGGCGAUCUGCUCGACUUCAUUGGUGCAUCGGCGACGUCGACGUGCUGCAUGAUUCUGCCGAUCGCGUUUUACCUCAAGACGUUUUGGGUCAAACUCUCCAAGGCCGAAAAGUGCUUUGCUGUCUUGUCGAUGGUGGUCACGACAGCGCUUGCGAUCUAUGUGUCGAUCAAGACGGGCAUUGCGCUCUUCUCGCCGACCGAGUCGGCGACGGUGUUUCCGUUCUGCCCCGUCGAGUACCAGCAGGUUGUGUACACGAACCGGACCCACUACAAGUUUUAG